UUAUAUUUUCUUCAGUUUAUAACGUAUACAUACAUCAUACUUUGUAAGUUUGCAGUUCGUUCGUUCAGUAUUUUGUUGAUACUGCACCUGCGCUGCACGGAGAUUCAGAAAACAGUAAACUUAGAAGAGAAUGUCAGCGUACGAAAAAGUGAGGACAGGAAAAUUAGUGUUGAAAGGCGAAAAAUCGAGAUCGAAAAAACGAAAGUCCAAGACACAAGAAAAAGAACGGGAAGUAACCUUGGAGGAUAAGGAUACCAUUACUCACGGCGGAUGGUGGAAGGUUAAAAACAUAGUUGAAAUCACAGGCACAGUGGCCAUAGAAUUUGGAAAUCAAGUGUACAUGAAAGCCCUGGACAAUGGAUUAUUUACUCUUGGUGCACCACAUGCUGAGGGAGAGAGUCCGUUACCAGAGGAAAUUUUAACAGCAUUCCCCAUCAGCGAAACCAAGGUUGCUUUAAAAUCUGGAUAUGGCAAAUAUCUUGGUGUCGACAAAAACGGUGUUGUUAUUGGACGAAGCGAUGCAGUAGGUUCGAUCGAACAGUGGGAGCCAGUUUUUCAAGAUAGCAAACUCGCUAUAUUAAAUAAUACAGGAUGUUUCAUGUCGGUAACAAGUGAUGAUGAUGUAGUUUGCCAGAAUAGAACAGCUGGUCCAUCAGAGUUUAUUGUUAUAAGAAGUAUGACACAACGUUCUCAAAGUCCUAGCAAGGAUAUUCCAAAGGAGGAGCAAGGUUCACUUGCAGAUGUUGAAGUGAAUUAUGUACGAAAGUUUCAAAAGUUUCAAGACAAGAAGUUGAGGAUAAAUAAGUCAGAUCGCUCCGAAUUAAAAAAAGCAAAGGUAGACGGAAAUUUACACGAGACUUUGUUAGACAGAAGAAGCAAAAUGAAAGCAGACCGCUAUUGUAAAUAAAUACAAUUUGAAUUAAUAUAUUACUGAUAUUUUAUAAAAUUAUCAUAAAACAUGAUUUUAUAUAAGAUAAAAUAAUUAAAAACUAUGUAUAGUUUUUAAUUAAAAUAUGUCAAAAUGUAAAACAUCCCAAAACCAACACAUGUCCUUGUAUUGACUAUUAAAAAUUCAUGUUGAAGAGAAUUACAUC